AAAUUCUUUUUCGGCACGUUCGUAGAACCUCGUGCAGUCGUGCGCAUAUAUAUAUAGCUUAGACACUACAAUGUGCACCUCCACGACCUUGCAAAUAUAAAUUUCAUGGCCAUGGUGAUGAAGAGAGCCAGCAAGUGCCUUGUCCUCCUCGGCUUCCCCUACUCGAUCUUACUCAUAUCUAGCUGCCUUUCUCAUGGCACCUCGCUUAGCUUCAAUUACAACUUCUCCGAUCCCAACGUCCUCGCCGCUGCCAACCUCAAGUACUUCAACGACUCUGUCCCCGCCAUCGACCGGAUCGACCUGACCAACUCCUCCAGAAGCUGGAGCACCGGCCGGGUAGCCCACGGGCAGCCGGUGAAUCUCUGGGAUGACAGCACCGGCAGGGUCGCCAGCUUCACCACCAACUUCACCUUCCUCGUCAAGCCCGUCAACAGCAGCAGUCCGGCAAGUGAUGGAAUGGCAUUCUUUGUGGAGCCCUACCCAUCAACUAUGCCGAUGGACGCAACCGGGGGCUUCCUCGCGCUUUUCAACAACCGUGACAAUAAGGGAAACGCAUUCCCGCCUACGCUCGGCGUGGAAUUUGAUGCAUUCCAUAACGAAUGGGAUCCUAAUGGUACCAACAACCACCUUGGCAUUAACGUCAACGACAUUAGAUCAAAAGAGUACACACCAUUGCCAGAUGGGAGCUUCAACGGGACCAUGUCAGUAUCUAUCAAGUACGACGCCAAAGCAACCACGCUCUCAGCCACCUUGCAGUUCAUCGACCCACCGGGUGAGACUGCACACAUCCUUAGCGCAAAUAUCGACCUUCGGGCUGAGGUCGGUCUGCCGCAAAAUGUGUCAAUCGGAUUCUCGGCGGCGAUCGGGGACCUCGUCGAGGAGCAUCGGAUUCUUUCUUGGUCGUUCAAUUCCACUCUGACCGAUGUCACAUAUCCAAAGACAAAAAACAUACGUCUCAUAGCCGGGCUAGUCUCCGCUAGCAUCUUCCUAUUGGUCACCAUAGCCGCAUGGUUCAGUUAUCGCCAAUACCUGGGAAAGAAGGGUAUACGCAGGCAAGAAGCUUCGGUUGCAGUCCCUCUCGACCAAGAUAUGGACAAGGAGUUCGCGGGCAAUGGGCCUCGGAGAUUCAGUUACAACGAGCUAUCACGGGCGACACAAGGAUUCUCGGACAAGGAGAAGCUCGGCGAAGGUGGGUUUGGGGCAGUCUACCGAGGUUUGUUACACGACCAGGGACUCCAUGUGGCCAUCAAGCGGGUCUCCAAGACAUCCAACCAAGGAAGGAGGGAGUACAUUGCGGAGGUUACCACCAUCGGCCGGCUGAGGCAUCGCAACCUUGUCCAACUCAUCGGUUGGUGCCACAAGGCCGAGGAGCUCCUACUCGUCUAUGAGCUCAUGCAAAAUGGCAGCCUCAACGACCAUCUCUACGAUUCCAAGAAAAUGCUAACAUGGCAAGUCAGGUACAAGAUCAUUGUUGGCAUGGGCUCUGCGCUGAUGUACCUGCACCAGGAGUGGGAGCAGUGUGUGGUGCACAGGGACAUCAAGCCGAGCAACGUGAUGCUCGACUCGUCGUUCAACGCUAAGCUGGGGGACUUUGGUCUCGCGCGCCUCGUCGACCAUAGCCGCGGCGGAUACACGACGAUGAUUGCCGGCACCAAGGGAUACAUGGACCCGGAGUCCGUGAUGUCCGGCCGGGCCAGCGCCGAGACCGACGUGUAUAGCUUCGGGGUCGUCCUCCUCGAGGUCGCCUGCGGCCGGAGGCCCGUCGUCCCGGAGCUGCAUGACGAGAACAGGGUCGUGCUUGUCGACUGGGUUCGUGACCUGUACCGGACGGGCACUCUGCUCGACGCUGCGGACGCCCGGCUCGACGGCGACUUCGACGCGCCGGAGAUGGAGCGCACGCUGGUCGUGGGCCUCUGGUGUGUGCACUCGGACUACGGCUUCCGGCCGUCCAUUCGGCAAGCCAUGAGCGUGCUCCAGUUCGAGGCGCCGCCACCGGAUCUCCCUCCGGUAACGAUGUACGCGCCGCCACGCGGAGGGUACGGGUCGAGCUACAUGUCGUCAACUGUUGGUACUUCCAGCACCGGCGGACGCUCGUCGACAAGUGACCAGACGACGAACAACCGUUCUUUUGCAACUGCCGACGCUACGAGCAGCACGGGGCCGAUAGCGUCCACGACGAGCCAGAACACCGGCACGACUGAGCAUGUUCAGUCCACACACUCUUCCUAGGAGUUCCGGCACAAUUGUGUAUUGAUGUAUUAAUAAAUUAUUAUACGGCUAAUUAAGAUAUAGUUACUAGUUGUAUAUAGUUAGUUUAAUUUGCAGUUACAAGUUACGAUCUAGUUACGGGUUAUAUCAGGUUAAAUUUAUAUAAUGUACACGGUGUUACUAGUAUAAUUUGCUUAUAAGUAGCUAAAUCCUUCUAAAUUUUGUGCCCUCUUUAAGA